AGAAUGGAAGUGAAAAAAACACUAUAGUUUACAGUGGGAAUAAUAUGUAAUGUAACUGAGCUUAGGAUGUGGUUCCACAGGCAGAUUCCUCCAGCUACAGUGCCAGUGACAUGUGUGGCUCUCCAGCCAUUGACUUUGGCUACAGAGACCCAGGUCUCCUGCACAAGGCCAAGCUGAGCGGCCUCCAGCCUGGCCUCACCUACUACUACACCUGUGGAGACCAGCAGUUUGGCUGGAGCCAAGAGUUCAGCUUCAGAGCUGCUCUGGCAGCUGAUCCCAAGACCACUGUUAGAGUUUCAGCCUUUGGAGGUGGGCUUCCAUUAGAAAUACUAAUGGAAGACAAAUCUGAGUAGAUGAAACUCCUAAGAAGUAUGAGGCUAUUUGAAAUUUGUGAAAAAGUCUGUUUAGCUAAUACUCCUACCAUUUUAGCGAGCUAACACACAAGUCAUACACAUGCAAUUCUGCACCCCCGUUUAUCACAUACAACAUUAUUGUAAGGGGGUUGGGUACAUAGUAGAGUACAUAUAAACUGCGCAAUUCAGACAUUAAGGCAGGCUCACUUACUUCAUCCUUCAUCCAUUCAUAGGUUCCAACGUAUGUGUGUGUGUGUACACCUCUCUUGUCUGUUUCUCGUCCUUGCAGACAUGGGAAGUGGUCAGGUGGACGACAGUGUACAAUCCACCGACGGCCAACAGCAACCUUCCUUAAACACCACGCGAUUGCUCGACAAGUAUCUCCCCGAAACUGACCUAGUCCUUCACAUUGGAGACAUCAGCUACGCAAACGGCUACUCUUCUGUUUGGGAAGAGUUUUUUGACCAGGUGCAGUCAGUGGCAUCAUCAGUCCCAUACAUGGUCUGCAUAGGGAACCAUGAGCGGGACUACCCCAAUACAAAUGGUCUAUUCAACGUCACUGACUCAGCCGGCGAGUGUGGCGUUCCCUAUGAGAAUAGGUUUGCCAUGCCCACACCUGCUCCUGAUCAGCCAUGGUAUGGGUUCGACUAUGGAAGUGCCCAUUUCGUUCUGAUGAGUACUGAGCAUUUCUUCGACCCAACCUCCCCUCAGUACCAGUUUCUCGAUGCUCACCUCAAAUCAGUCGACCGGUCGCGGACUCCGUGGCUGAUCUUUGCUGGCCACAGACCAAUGUAUGUGGACAGCACUGGAGAUAAACACUCUGACAGUCAGCAGCCGGUGGCAAAGCUGCUGAGAACAUAUCUGGAGCCUCUUCUUCACGAGUACAAGGUGGACCUGGCACUGUGGGGACAUCAUCACCUCUAUCACCGCAGCUGUCCAGUGUACCAGGAGGUCUGUCUCGAUCAGGGAACAGUCCAUGUCCUCGUUGCAAUGGGCGGACACGAUCUCUCAGACAACGUAGAGUCGUCUAACCCAGCUUGGCUCGAAUACCUUGACUAUAAGCACUGGGGAAUGACCCGCCUGACAAUGAAUUCCACAACUCUGCUGUUCGAGUACAUUCACAACGACGAUGGAAUGGUGCACGAUAAACUGGUGCUGACAAAAUAGCUAGUGUGUGUUUUUAACCCUUUGUCACUGUGGGUAAAAGGGUUAACUUUCAACGGUGUGCAUUUUAUCCUGAGAAAAAAUAAUGUUUGACAAAAUAGCA